AUGAAGAUACUGGGACAGGUUGCUUUCCUGCUUUUUCUCGGGGGAAUCUGGUGUCAGAACAACCGUAAUGCUAAAGCCAGUGGCAAGUCCACUAAGAAGUCUGGUGGGAACCAAGGAGGCGAUGUUGGCCAAUCUCCCCCUGUGGUUGAUCUGACCCCUGGAAGCACUGGAAGCAGUAGAGGCACUGGAGGCACAGCUGAAGCAGGACGAGAUAGUGCUGCAGGAGCGCGAGAAGCUGGACAACAGACAGAUGAUAUGAGGCUGCACUUCCUCAAGAACACCCAAGUUACGUGUAAUGAUGGAACAGCAGCUGGGUUUUACCUAAAGGAGUUCAGAGGAAGCCGCCGAUGGCUGUUAUUUCUGGAAGGUGGCUGGUGCUGCUACAGCAAAGAGACCUGUGAUUCCAGGUACCAAAAUAUCCCCCGACUAAUGAGCUCAUCAGGUUGGCCCCAAACAAAAAGAGGAACUGGAAUAUUGUCUUCUCAAGCGGAGGAAAACCAACACUGGCAUAAUGCAAACAUUGUAUUUAUCCCGUACUGUUCCAGUGAUGUAUGGAGUGGCACUGGGCCUGCCCCAACCCCUCCUCCAAGGCCACGACAAGGCAGAGAAAAGGAGAGGGAUAAAAACACAAAUACAACUGAGUACACCUUUAUGGGAUCCCUGAUCAUCAGAGAGGUCAUCAAAGACCUCGUCCCCAAAGGAAUCAAGCAGGCCACGGUUGUAAUGCUAUCUGGCACAAGUGCUGGCGGAACAGGUGUUUUGCUGAACAUUGAGAGGGUGGCCAGUCAGCUGGAGCAGCUCGGUGCAGAGACUCAGGUCCGCGGCCUCGUGGACUCUGGCUGGUUUCUAGAAAGUAAACAGCAGAGAUCGCCUAACUGCCCAGAGACUAUUUCCUGCUCACCUGAAGACGCUAUCAAGAUAGGACUCAGGUUGUGGAAUGGGGUUGUGCCUGAUAGAUGUCGGCAGCUCUAUAAGAGAGGAGAGGAGUGGCAGUGCUUCUUUGGUCACAAACUGUACUCUACCUUGACGUCCCCUCUGUUUGUCGUGCAGUGGCUGUUUGAUGAGGAGCAGCUGAGAGUGGAGAACAUCUACAUGGGAGGGCAGAGUUUGUCCGAGGAGCAGUGGCAGUACAUACAGAACUUGGGAAGGGAGCUCAAGAACUCACUGAGAGAUGUCACGGCUGUGUUUGCUCCAUCCUGUCUCUCCCACACAGUGAUUACCAAGAGUAACUGGAUGAGUUUCCAAGUUAGAGGCACCUCUCUGCCACGGGCCCUAAACUGCUGGGACAGGAGUCUGGAGGCAACCCGCAACAACAGAACCCCUGCCAAAGGAUGUCCUUUUCACCUUGUGGACACCUGCCAGUGGCCCCAAUGCAACCCCACCUGCCCAGCCUUGGUGGAUCAGGCCACCCAGCAAGAGCUCACCCUGCUCCAGAUGCUGGCAGCCAUGGGCCUUGACCUCCAGAAGUUGGGCCUGGAUCCCCAGGGAGAUGCAGAUUCUCUGGCUAGCAUGGUCAGCAAUGGUGGCUAAGUGUAAAAGUGAGUCGGAGCUUAAGAGACAGCCAUGCAAAGGCUUAAUAGAGGAAAAAUUUGUUUUAAUGUAACCAUAGAAAUAGUACAGUAUCUGGUUACAUUGUCUUGUGCUGCUCAGCAUUCCAUUAUGCUUCAUGUGCUUGUUAAAUUGGUGACUUGACUAGUUGGUAUGUCACUGAGUCUGAGUGGCUUGGCCGUCCUUCUGCUGGACUUUGGGUCUAAACCAAAUGUGUUUCAAUUGUACUGAUUGAAUAGCUUUGAGUUUUAGUAGAUGGGUGGACAUACUGAAUCUCCUACAACACACUUUCAUCCUCAUGAAAAUUAAACAGAGCGUGGUAGUAGAGUUAAAUUCUUUUAACGAAUAGAGGCUCCCUCAAAAUGUCCAAGGCACAGACAUGUUUCUUCGGCAGAACUCAAAAAGAAAUGUUUGGAGACCAUAUACUGAAGUUGUCAGCAUUUGAAGGUUUAUUGACUCUUUCGAUCCAACAGUCAUUUAUUUCAGAUGACAGACAACUCAAAAUGCACAAAAACUAACACAAUAAUUUCUUUGCACUCACAGUUCCAUAGAAAAUGAUUGUGAUUCUUGUGAUGUUUUUUUGUCUGUAGCUCCUGAUGCUAUGCUAACUUAUAUAUACUAUGUAAUAUAUAUACCAUUUUUUGUGCAUGUAAGACAAAAGUGUGAUUAGUUAUUGAUAUUUUUCUGUGUAAAGGCCAGCAGGAGUUCACAUACUUGACAUGUGAAGUCUGCAAUAAAAAGAAAAUCUCCCCAAAAAAAGAUAAACGACGCUGUGGUUAUUUACUGCUCAGUUGUCAGGAUGAUCUAUAUCUUGUGACAUAAUUGUCAACAUUUAAAAAUCAUGCUUUUUCACGUCAUGGUUGUUUUGCAAGCCAUUUACAG